GCUGCUCGGCUUCGAGCCAAUCGGGAGCCCCUCACGAAUUCGACAUGGCGGCCGCCCAUAGUGCGUUAGUCGAGAGCUGUGGCAAUUAUUUAUCCGUGGACACGCACGGUCGACGCGCAAUUACACGGUUUUAGGCAGACGAGCCGACGACCGAUCAAGUUUUCUCGCCCCGGGACAUGUUGCCGCCACUCGUGUGACAAUGUUUCGCAACAAGGGAUGGUUUUCGGGGGGCCUUUGGAAGCCCAAAAACCCACAUUCGCUGGAACAUCUCAAGUACCUGUACCACCUGCUUUCCAAGAACCAGACGGUGACGGAGCAGAACAAGGGGGUCCUGGUCGAGACUCUGCGCUCCAUCGCCGAAAUCCUCAUCUGGGGCGACCAGAAUGACAGCACCGUCUUCGACUUCUUCCUGGAGAAGAACAUGCUUUCCUUCUUUCUCAAGAUCAUGAAGCAAAAGUGCGGACGCUACGUAUGCAUCCAGCUGCUGCAGACUCUCAACAUCCUCUUCGAGAACAUCCGCAACGAGACCUCCCUCUACUACCUGCUGUCCAAUAACCACGUCAACUCCAUCAUCGUCCACAAGUUCGACUUUUCGGAUGAGGAGGUGAUGGCCUACUACAUUUCUUUCCUCAAGACCCUCUCGCUCAAGCUCAACAACCACACCAUUCACUUCUUCUACAACGAGUUUGAAGGAGCUUUCGGCGCUCUGCAGCACACCAACGACUUCCCGCUCUACACGGAGGCCAUCAAGUUCUUCAACCACACCGAGAGUAUGGUUCGCAUCGCCGUGCGUACCCUCACGCUAAAUGUCUUCAAAGAAGCAAACAACAGGAAACCGGCCGAAGCCACCGCUCGAUCCAAACGUAGGGCCAAAAAUGGAUGUGUGGAGGACAAGGCGAUGCUCAAGUUCAUCCGGGACCGGACGGCAGCGCCUUACUUCUCCAACCUGGUCUACUUCAUCGGGAAGCAUGUCAUCGAACUGGACACCUGCGUCAUUAACGCCGAGCACGGGAGCAGCACACGGCUGGCGGACCUGGUGGCGGAGCACUUGGACCACCUGCACUACGUCAACGACAUCCUCUGCCUGCACAUCGAGGCCCUGAAUGCGGUGCUCACGGACCAUCUGCUGCAUCGGCUGCUGGUGCCCCUCUACGUCUACUCCCUGGUCCAGGGACCCCACCCGUGUCUGCCUGAGGAUAGGAAGCGGGUCAGCAGCGUGGUGUCGCUGUUCCUCUUGUCACAAGUGUUCCUGAUCGUGUCCCACCAGCCGCUGGUUCGCCAGCUGGCCAACAUCAUCCUCAACCGGGACAUGAAGGUCUUCGCAGCCAGGUCCAAGGACGACUCCGGGUCUAACAAGAGCGACCUUGGCAGCGAACCAGAGUUCCUCCCGCCGGAAGAAAGCCUCGAGAAGUCCCUGGAGACGAGCUCGCGUGCCCCGGCAUUGGCGUCGCAUCUUGAGGAGCAGGGCUGCCGGGGUGAGGGCAGCAGCGAGAGCGGGUUGUGCCCCGCCUACUCCCAGGCCGGCCCCGCCCCCCAGCCCCUGCACCCCGAGGAAGGGGAUCACCCGUCACCCACUCUGGCACCCUCCGCCGACUGUGAGUUCGAAGGCGAGGCGAACCCAGCAUACCUGCCGGAUGGCCUGAACAUCACGGACGAGCAGAAGGCCCAGGCGGUGCACCACCGGCUGAACCAGGUGGCGCUGGAACAGCUGAGCCAAGGAUGGCACCUCUGCGACAGGCCUUUCCUGGGUGCCAUACUACAUGCCCUGGAUUGCUCUGAAAACGACCACCCAGCACUCUUUGCAUUAUGCCUCUUGUACGCCUUGGGACACAACCCAGGAAUCAACGAGGAGCUCUUGGACACGGUCCUAACCCCGUCCGUGCGACCGGAGACGAGGCACUGGUACAACGUUGCUCUAAUGGAGAAGCUUAUCCAGAUCAUCAGCCUCAGCUGCAAAUACGGGAGCAAGGUGCGCCUAGCAACCCUGGAGAUGUCGAUCCUCCUGCUGAAGCAGCUGGUGACGCUGGACGGCGGGGAGUCGUGCCUGCAGGACGUGCACUUGGCCGGUCUGGAGCAGGCUCGGGAAGAGAGCAGCCUCCUGCUCAGGAACUUCUACAAGAGUGAAGAGAUCUUUCUGGACAUGUUUGAGGACGAGUUUCAGGAGAUGAAGAAGAAGCCCCUGAAUGUAGAGUACCUGAUGAUGGACGCCAACCUCCUGCUGCCCCCCAUGGGUACCCCCAUGACGGGCAUCGAGUUCCACAAGCGGCUGCCCUGUGGGGAGGUGGAGAGGGCACGCAGGGCCAUCCGUGUCUUCCUGCUCCUGAGGGAGCUCUCCCUGGCCCUGACCAAUGAGAAGGAGACUCAGCUUCCCCUCACCAACCUGGCCAGCUGCGUCAAGGUGGACGACGUCCUUGACCUAAACAACAGUGACCUGAUUGCCUGCACGGUGGUGGUGAGCAAGGAGUCCCAGAAAAUUCGCCGCUUCAUGGUGAUUGACGUGGCGCAGCUGGUCCUCGUGGAGCCGGACUCCAAGCGGCUGGGCUGGGGAGUGGCCAAGUUCGUCGGGUUUCUGCAGGACAUAGAGGUGACGGGCGACAAGGAAGACAGCCGGUGCCUGCACAUAACGGUGCACGGCCGCGGCGCCACGGGUGGCUCCGUGGCAAGCGGCGCCGCGGGUCGCGGCGUACCACUGCUGGCGGCGCGGUUCUUGUUCGACGACCACAUCCGGUGCAUGGCGGCCAAGCAGCGGCUGAACAAGGGCCGGUUGAGGGCGCGCCAGCGCAAGAUGCACCACAUCGCCAGGCUGCUGGACAUGCCCCUGCCGCAGACCUGCCCGCCGGCAUCGCCGCUGAGGCACCACCAUGCUCACCUGGCGGUGGGCAGGGCACCCUCUACAGUGUCCGCGGCAAGCGGCACCACGGCGGGCUUGAUGCACCGGAGCCAGUCUCAGGACACUGGCCUCCGUGGACGCAAGGCGGCGGUGGCAGCAGCGGGAGGUGGCUGCCCCGCGGCACCGCACCAGCCGUACCGGCCCCUCUUCACCACUUCGACCAAGCUGCCGGGAUUCGCGGAAGCCCGCACGGGACAUCGGGGAAGUGCGGGGGACAUCGAGGAACGCAGGCGGAGGCGUUCCGGAAGCAGCCCUGUGGGGGGGCGCAACCGCUCGGCGUCUCGGUCGAGAGAGUCGUCCCCCCGCCUUAGCCACCGGCCGAGGGACCAGUCGGAGGAGAUUCCCCUGGAGGACCUCUCGCGGCGGGGCGCCGGAUGCCAGGUGGCCCCCUCCCCGUGCGGGCAGGAGAUGCUGGUGACUCAGGGCUGCGGAGAGAGUCCCCACGGUAGCCCCCUCCGACUGGUUACAUCUCGCUCCGAGACCUCGAGUCCGAUGGACCAGCAGUCUGCGACCCCCGAGUGUCCGGCGGGCGAUGCCAUCUGCGACGGCCCAGCCGUGGUCUCUUCCCUUCUGGGCCCGCCCUCUGGAUCGACGCGUCUGGAAGUGCCUGUGCUCCUGCCCCCCUGUGAGGGGUCGGUCAACUUGUUGCCUUCGCCUCCCAGCGACCUGGGGGAGAGUCCAACGGGGGAGUGCCAGAAGCCGUGCUGCAUGAGCGAGACGUCCUUUUCCGAGGAGUCUAGCAACGAGGCCCGCAGCAACGGAGAGCUCAAGCCUCCCGUGAGGUCGCCCUCCGAGGUCGAGCUCUGCCUGAACGAGGGAGAUGACCAGUUCGACGAGGAGUCCCUCAAUGUCGGCGGAUGUGCCGCUGCGCCCAAGCCAAAAGGUGCCGUGCACACGGUCUGAAGCGAAGACCGGCGGUGGCGUUGCGCCGUCGCACGACCUCGACUUGCGGAAGGAGUGGUGCAGCAUUCGACAGGUCGCCGAGUUGCACGGCAGCGUCGGGGCGCUGAUCGAGUUGCACGGCGACAACGUUGUGGCACCGGUCGGGAUGUGGGACUACGGUGUUGCGAUGUCAGUCAAGUUGGGUCGUGCAACGAGGGUUGCGGCGUCAAUCGAGUUGCACAUUAACGGCGAUGCGGCGUUAGUCAAGUUGCGCAACGAGUGUUGCCGUGUCUGUAGAGCCUCGCGACUUAGCAGCAUUGGUCGAGUUGCGCAACAACGGUGCUGCGGCGUCGGGCACGUUGUGAAACAAGUGGUUGAGUUGAGCAACAGCAAUUUUGCGAUGUCACUAGAGCAAUGCCGUGGCUACAGGCUAUUGUCGUGACACUGACGGAGGAAAUUAGCAGUGGCAUUGCGAUGUUGUCGAGACGACGCUGCCACAGUACCACUGCAGUGCUGCUCAACAAAAGGAGCAAUAGCGUCAUCGGCAAUGUAGAGUACACUGACAAUGUUAGUGCGCCUUGCGCAAAGCUGCAGUGUUGGUCACGCAUGGCACUGGUACUGUUGCAGCGUCAAUCAAGCGUAGCAACGGAAAGGUUGUAGACUGGUUUGUGAAGGUGUAGCAAAAGUGUUGUGUCAUGAGUGGGUUGCGGUCGCCGAGUGUUUAUGGAAGUCGUCGUCAGGUCGCACUGGUAGACUUUUUAACAUAACUUUAGAAUAGUGCAGAGAAUGCAGUGGUUAGAAGUACUGACAACGUAACUAAAAAAAUCUGUAAAGCGUCGGGAGUCGCGACACUAGUUUCCUCCCGUUGACUAGAAUCGAUGGUCGUUGCGGUUCUUGCGUUGUGAAGCACGACUGGAUGUUCGCAAACAGCCUUCGCUCGUUUUAAUGUCUGGCACACAGCUGGAAUCCAGCCUUCCUAUCUAUAGCGCUUCGGUGGCACGUUGGAAAUAAACUUCCAAGGCGACCUCUGGGAGCCGGCCGGAGUUUUGGGUGUUCGUAACCCACAGGCAAAGUGUAGUCGGAAGUGGCCCGACGUCACCCUAGGAUCCUUUUUUCUCGAUGGCACAUUUUCUUUUGCCACAUUUGUACACUCCGGCAGCGUUCGUACGCUUGCAAUGUCCACACAGGUGACGGUAGUACAAAUCGACGAGAGCUCUAGUAGCGUCCAGCGAGUUUUUGUCGGUGGACGUUUGUUUUUAUUACAUCACUCUUGCACUGCUCACGACGAUGUUUGUUGAGCAUCCACCUGAGAUUGUGUCCUUUCUUAAGGUGCACAAGAGUUGGUGGUCGUAACCCCACGUAAACGUGCACACCAGCCAAAAAUGUCACGGCGUAGAAGCACGAACCUGACGUCUGGAAGAAGUCGGCAAUUGGAAAGUGAGAGUAAUAGUGCCAAGUAUGCACAGUGUAACCUCAACGACCUUGAAUUGACGUGUUCUACCAAAACCGCUCCGUAGUCUAGGUUCCAAAUCGUACACGAGUGUGUGUGAUUAUUGAUUGCAUAAUUAACCAACACAAGUGGGCAGCGAAGGAGGUGCACUAAGUUAGAUCCUCUUUUUGUUAGCGUACUUAAGUAAAAAGCGCUGUUUGAUCUGUGCUACAAUAUUUGCUGUUCUGGCAUGUAUCGUCGUUGGGAAGCAAACAAAUGCUUAUAACCUUCUUUUUUUUUGCAUUAGCAUGGAAUUAUUGGGUGAAAAGUGGAUUAAACUUCUGUUGUGGGUUGUCUCCAAAUAUUUCUCAAUGUUAGACUUCCCCUUCCAGUGAGAUUUUGCCAUAUAUUUAUUUUCAUACUAAGCGGCCAGGGUUCUUUGGGCUCUCCUUGGCUUAGCUUUUUUUUUUUGUGGUUUCAUGUUUUGAGAAUUUUUUUAUGUUUGCAUGUUCCGAAUUGGGGGG